GUGUGGAGUAUAUCAUUUGAAGCUGAGGGAGGUCAGCCCCAAUGAUUUUGGAUGCAGUCCUGACAGUCCUUAACACUUUGAGGUCAUGAGCAGACAGGUUUGCCAACCACACUGUGAUGCAUCCAGUGUUAAUGUGUGAUUUAGCCGUGAUGGAUUUUGAACCUUGGGUUUACUUCAUCACGUUCUGUCCUAGGACGAAGAGGGGAUUGCUCUCCAACUACGGCUGAUCAUGGCCAAGCGUGUGGCUGUGAUUGGAGCAGGAUGUUCCGGCCUGGCCUGCAUCAAGUGUUCCCUGGACGAAGGGCUAGAGCCUGUGUGUUUCGAGAGCAGCGAUGACAUCGGAGGACUGUGGAGGUUUAAGGAGAAGCCAGAGCCAGGCAGAGCAAACAUCUACCGCUCCGUCAUUGUCAACAGCUCUAAAGAGAUGAUGGCGUGCAGUGACUUUCCUCCCCCCGCUGCCUUUCCUAACAACAUGCACCACUCUCAGGUCUUGCAGUACUUGCGGCUCUAUACCGAACACUUUGACCUCCUGAAGCACAUUCACUUCCAGACCACAGUGUGCAGUACGAGGCAGAGGUCUGACUUCUCAUAUUCAGGUCAGUGGGAGUUGAUGACCAAGAGGCAGGACGGUCAGGAGGAGAGACUCGUCUUCGAUGGCGUGAUGGUCUGCACUGGACAUUUUACACAGCCACAUCUACCUCUCCAGGACUUCAAAGGGAUAUCGACAUUUCAGGGGAGGUAUUUUCACAGCUGGGAAUACUGCAGUGCAGAUGGAAUGCAGGGGAAAAACGUCAUGGUGAUUGGUAUUGGAAAUUCUGGAGGUGACAUUGCUGUGGAUGCCAGCAGAGUAGCAAAGCAAGUGUACCUGAGCACCAGAAGUGGUGCGUGGGUGGUGGGCGUGUCGGAGAGGGGGGGGAUACCCGGCGACGUGGCGAGUGGUGCCCGUCUGGCCGUGCUCUUGCACAGACUAAUGCCCACCUGGACCACACGGGCAGUGGAGAGGCAGCUCAAUAAGCACUUUAACCACCAGCUGUAUGGGCUGCAGCCCUCUCAUGGAUUCUUUGCUCAGAUCCCAGUGGUGAAUGAUGAUCUGGCUGGACGAAUCAUCUCUGGCCGCGUGAUAAUAAAGCCAAAUGUGAGCGAGUUCUUGGGCUCUAGUGUGAUUUUUGAGGAUGGAACUGUGGUCGAUGAGGUGGAUGUGGUGUUUGCUACUGGCUAUAACUAUGACUUCCCUUUCUUACCUGAAGACCUGAGGGCUAAAGAGGGCUACCGCCUGUCUUUGUACAAACACAUAUUUCCACCAAGCCUGGAGAGACCCUCACUGGCUGUGAUAGGAUUCAUCCAUGGACUCGGAGCGAUUAUCCUCCUGGCUGAAAUGCAGGCUCGCUGGGCCUCCCGCGUCUUCAAAGGCCUGACCAAGCUGCCCUCAGAAAGCAUCAUGCUUGAAGACAUGCAAGGAAGCACCAAGAGAAUGCAUCAGAGGUUUGCCUGUUCUGAACGCAAUCCUCUACAAGUAGACUACAUCCCCUACCUGGAUGAUAUAGCGCAUGAAGUGGGAGCAAAGCCACAGUUCUUUUCACUGCUUCUCCGAGACCCCGGUCUGGGUCUGAGGGUUCUGUUUGGUCCCAGUACUCCAUACCAGUACCGCCUGCGUGGGCCGGGCCAGUGGGCGGGAGCCCGCCAAGCCAUCUACACGCAGUGGGAGAGGGUGAUGCGUCCCUUUGGCACACGGAAACCACCAGAGAACCAGCCUGAGACGAAGCAACGUUCCUUUGUGUUUCUCACAUUUGUGGGUGUGAGCCUACUGGUUACUGUAAUGUACAUGAGAAAUUGUUCACAAUUGCAUAAGUAACAAAGCAGUUUCAGGAAGCUGUCUUAUAGUUCAGUUCAAAUACUGAGUUUUCCUCAUUUUAACAUGUGAGUUUUUAUUGACGUUUUAGCUACAUAGGUUUUAUUUUGCAGAUAAUGACACAUUAGUAU